AUGGCAUCAGCUGAAGGAGAGGAGUCCGAGACCCAGCCGCUGACCCCCAACCGUGGAGAGGAGAGAGGAGCCGGCUGGAGCGAGAGCUCCGUCCUAAAGUACGGCUCGCUCGGGCUGGUCAUCGUCCAAAACAGCAGCCACGUGCUGUUGCUCCGAUACUCGCGGGUGGCGGGCGGCGAGUGCGAGGGCUACACGUCGGUCGCCGUGCUCUUUGCGGAGCUGCUGAAGCUCACCUUUUGCUGCGCCACCAUCCUCUUCUGCCUCGAGGGCGGGCCGUGUGCCACGCUGGCGCGGCUCAAGACAGACAUUUGGGAUCGGAAGCUCGACACGCUCAAGGUUGCAGUGCCGGCGCUGUGCUACACGGUGCAAAACAACCUGCAGUUCAUCGCGGCGAGCCACCUCGAGGCGGCCCUCCUCCAGCUGCUCUACCAGACCAAGACCCUCUCCACCGCCAUCUUUGGCGUCGUCAUCCUCUCAAAGUCGCUGCGCUGCAACCAGUGGCUCGCGCUGCUAGAUGGGGAGCACGGAGUGGUGACGGCGCAGUGGUCGCAGCAGGAUGCCGCCAAUGGCGGGUCCAAGGGCGACAUGACGGGCGUGCUCGCCGCGCUCGGCGUCUCCGUCUGCUCCGGCUUCGCCUCCGUCUAUCUCGAAAAGAUCCUCAAGGGCGACAAGACGUCGCUCUGGGUGCGCAACGUGCAGCUGUGCAUCUUUUCGAUCCCACUGCAGCUCUUCGCCGUAUGGCAGCGCGACUGGGGAAAGGUGCAGUCGCAGGGCUGGCUGCACGGCUUCUGCCCCGUGACGUGGGCGGUGGUGUGCAUGUUUGCCUUCGGCGGGCUGCUGGUGGCGGUCGUGAUUCGCUUCGCCGAUAACAACCUGAAGAACCUGGCGAUGGCCAUCGCAAUCAUCCUCUCGUGCCUCGCCUCCAUUCCGCUCUUCAACUUUCAGCCCAACCAGGUCUUCUGGAGCGGCGCGGCGCUCGUGAUCGCCUCCAUCUUUCUGUACGCCUGGCAGCCCAAGGCGAGGGAAAGCACCUCGUACCUGCCGGUGCAGGGCGGCGAAAUGAGUUCGCCCAGCCGAAAGUGA